CACUCGAAACGCCUGUUUUUGAAGCCGUUGUCCCAGCAAUGAUCCGAUGACCAUUAUUGACCAUGGUCGCUUUGUUGAGGGACGACUAAAAGAAGUGUUGCAUGUACAGUACCGUUCAUUGAUGGCAACUAACUAUUGAUACCGCACGACAGCAAAUAUCCAGUCUUUCGCCACCUGUACUUCAUUCAAGAAAAGCCCAUUCGGAUCGAAUCUGGCUACGUUGCUGCUGUGCUGCUUUGUGAUAGUAGGACUGUAGCCCGCCAAGUCUGUCAAUCUGGAGGUUCAGCAGAAAAGGAAGAGCCGCUCGCAGGCGAAGAAACGGGGAUUGUGGUUUCAUCCAAAGGUAGCCCAGAAACUGAAGUCCAAGAAUACGAAGAACCGUACCAUGUCGUCUGGUUCUGCUUCCAUUCCCAACGGGACCAGCAAUGGCGAGACCGAUCCUCUGGUGACAAACGCAGAAAUUCCAAUUCAAGUACCAGAAGACAAGACCAAAGGGAAAAAGCGAACAUUUGCCUGGGGAUCCUUGCGGUUUCACAUGCCCAGUAAACGACAAUUGGAAGCUUAUGUCACCCCAGGAAGACGUAUGGAUGCUUGGUGUGGACUGCUCCAUUACUGUGUGGAGUCCUUUGUCUAUUUACUUGGACCCGUCCUCAUUUGUCUGGCUACCUCCAUCAUUGGUCUCCUGGUGUACACAUUUUUUACGAUCAUGCAUCCCAUGAUGGGACUAUACUAUGCGGAUGCUUGGUAUGGUGGAUAUGUUAUCGGCGGACACUCUUUAUUGGUCAUCUAUCUCAUGAUCAACGUCGUUUGGAAUUACGCACUCUGCGUUUGCACUUCAAAUAUCAACGGAAAAUCAUACAACAAAGUCAUGAGAGAAAUGGCCAUGGCCACAGGAUUUGUCUUCCCAGAAUCUCCGGCCGAAGUCGAACAAUUCCGCAAAGACUAUGAGGACAGAAUGGUCCUUAGAAUGCAAUGCAGGAGGGCACGAGCCAUCGAGGCGGCAAACCGAAAAGCCAGUGCCAUUGCCCAGGGAAGUAAAGUGGACGCAACAACGGGCAGUAGCGCUGAUGGCCAAGUUACACAACGGAAAAAUGUCCAAAACACGAACGGUGCAUCCGGCACGGCCAACGGAAUCAACAAUACCACACAAAAGGGACAGACCGACGUUGCCCCGACAUCCGCACAAAUACGACCUUGGAUGAUGAUGGGUCCUCUAGAGUGGGGUUUCUGCCCUCGGACCAAUCAACCAAAACCACCGAGAUCCCAUUAUUGCCAUGUCUCCAAGGGGUUGGUCUUUUGCUUGGAUCACUAUUGUCCAUGGAUGUUCAAUUCUGUUGGAUACUUCAAUUAUCGGUACUUUGUCAACUUUCUCAUAUUUGCCUCUGUCUCAAUGCUCUACGGCGCAUCGUUGAGUUACACACCAUUCAUGCUUCUCUCCACUACCAAGUAUCGUGAUCAACUUCGAGCGAAUAAGCGUCAUCAUCAAGUAUCCAAUUCUCACGAACCUAUUCCUCGAAUGGAACCAUUCUUGCCGUAUGCACACGAGAAGGUGUACAUCACACUGACAUUCAUGCUGAGUCUGGCGGUUGGAUUGGCAGUCCUCAUGCUAACUGUCUUCCAUAUAUAUCUGACCUUGUCCUCCCAAACAACAAUAGAGUUUCACGGAAAUAUGAGCAAUGCUCGCAGAGCCAAGAAAAUGGGAAGAAAGUGGAAGAACCCAUACUCGUUUGGUGCACUACGAAACUUCCAGCAUGUGUACGGAUCUCAAUAUCACCCAUUACUUGCCAUUCUCAUUCCUUCAUGGAGAGAACCGGAUUUUCUCCCAAUUCCGCUGCCUGGAGACCAGGGGAAACGGAGCACGUAUGCCGGGAAAAACAGCAGUCGAAACAAGGGAGACUUUGUUGUGUAGCGAAAUUAGAAAAAAAGGACACCUCCUGUAGCUAACGGUAUGACAACUCUUCAAGACAGCUCUACUUGCUCUACAGAUCUUCAUCUACAACUGGCCAAAUCUUGAUCACGUAUUUCAAUUUUGGAUUCCUUGACUAUGAAUACAGGUAGUAAAGCUGGUACUGUGGUAACAUGACGAAAGCUCGCAGAGCGAAGAAAAUGGGAAGAAAGUGGAA